AUGGAGACGUCCUUGGUCAUCCUGGACCAGAAUGUUUGGGAUAAGCCCGGAGCUUUGCAUGCGCAGAUCGUGGGCAUAUGUGGGCAUAAAGAUGGUGUCAAGUGCCUCGUUCACUGGUUCACGUUCUUGGGGCCCAGGGUGCUGGACUUCCCUCGCUUCAAGAGCAUUCCGCACCUCGGCGGUCUUGCGGGGAUGACGGAAUGCCUCUCUGCCUACAGGAACUUCAUGCACCUCAUGGCCGUGAAUCGCUUGGCCAAGUCCUCCCCAGACUGGGUGCAGCGCUUCUCCCGCACCAACACGGGCACUUUCGCGGCUCAGUGGAUGGUUGCCGACUAUAACCAGUUCGAGAGCGGCAAGCCAUUGCCCGAUGGCAUGUUCUGGGUCGUGGAGAUGAUCCCCGGAGUCUCGGAGAUGCAGGACAUGAGUGCCCAUCUGCGCGAGCACAGGUAUUGGGCAUCCUUCAAUCGACCCUUCUUCGGCAAGACCCGCGAGCUCUCCGGCUUCAGCAUGGCCGAGAGGACACACGGCUCUCUUUACUCCUACCAGGGCAACCCCCGUGCCUACGCAUUCAGCAUGGUGGCACCGGCGAUCAAUGCUCUGCCAGAGAUGAGGGAUGUCAUGACCCAGAAUGCGUAUCCCUACGGGAGCCCGCCAAAUGAUCCUGGGCACCAGAUUUCCGCACGGAUGGACCUGAGCCCCAUCCUGAAGCUACCGAAUGGAGGCAUCGAUGCGAAGAUCCCCCGACUUCGCACCAUGGCUUUGCGCGCAGCCCUCGUUGCGCUUGUCUCGGCCGUGGCAGCUGCGGAGAAGUAUGCCGUCAUUGCGGCUGGCUCAUCAGGAUUCAUGAACUACCGCCACCAAGCGGAUGCUUGCCAUGCCUACCAGCUCAUGUUGCAGAGUGGAGUACCAGCAGACAACAUCAUCCUGAUGAUGCAGGACGAUGUGGCGAACAGCUCGGAGAACCCGUUCCCUGGCCAGCUGUUCAACAAGCCGGGGGAGAACCCGCCCGAUGUUUACAAGGGCUGCAAAGUCGACUACUCUGGGGACAUCGUGACUGGAAAGCUGUUCAUGGACGUUUUGACCGGAAACACGGAGGGUGCCAAGGGCAAAGUGCUGAAGAGUGGAGCCAGUGACACCGUGUUCGUGAACUUCGUGGACCAUGGCGGUCCCGGCAUCGUCGCCUUCCCGAACGGUCCAGUGCUCACGGUCAAAGAGCUCUCCCAGACGCUGAAGACCAUGCAAAGCAAGCAGAUGUUCAAGCAGAUGGUCUUCUACAUGGAAGCCUGUGAGAGCGGCUCCAUGUUCCCAGACCUCAAGGCAAACGGCAGUUGUAAGUCGUAUGCAUUGUAUAAACGAAAUCAUCUGUAA